GCUACGAACUCCGUUUAAGGGAAGACGUGCGCUCAUUUAAAAGACGUUCCGUAAACUUUAUACGAUAGUGUUUGUGUUUUUAUGACUGAAUAGUUUUAAUAUGACUGAAAAUAUAUACAUCGUAUUGUAUUUAUUAACUGUGACACAAUGAUGGGUCGGUUUUUGUGUAUUUUUCUCCUGGUUUGGAUGGUUGCUGCUGACCAGGAGGAGGUCGAAGGUGGAAAAUGCGAGAGGAUUAAGCUGUCUCAGUGCCAGGACCUUGGUUACAACUGGACAGCCAUGCCUAAUCUAAUGGGACACAGAGAUCAAAAGGAAGCUGAGGAAGCGAUGACAGCAUUUACGGGCAUCCUGGCCAGUGAGUGUUCCGUCCACGCACGUUUCCUUCUCUGCUCAGCGUUCGCACCCCUGUGCUCUGAGCAAGUGUCCGGCUCCGUGAGCGCCUGCCGAGCUCUCUGCGAGAAGGUCGUCGAAGAUUGCAAGGAGCAAAUCAAAUUAUUACCACCCAGUAUCAAGCUUGACUGUUCCGCGUUCCCACUCCGCCCUGAUAGACGGCUAUGCAUGCGGCCCCCCAAUGCUAGCGAGUUGGAAUCUGAACCACCCCCACUCCCACGUUGGCCAUUCCAUGAUCAAGAGCUCAGAGAGCACGGGUGCCCACCAGCUUACACGAGAGCACCGACCGGCGAAUGUUGGCCUGCGUGUGGCCAACACGCUCGCUACACACAAUCCGACAAGCGAACUGCCGAAAUCUGGAUGAUCACACUCGCAUGGUUUUCUUUAUUGUCAACUUCAUUUGCGCUGUUAACUUUUUGCGCCGAGCCGUCGCGAUAUCGGUAUCCCGAGAGGCCGGUGGUCUGGAUGGCGACAUGUCACGCCAUUGUUGCAUUAGCGCACGUCACGCGAGGUUGGCUUGGAGCGAAGACAGUUUCCUGUAGUGGCACCACACUGGCCGUCGAUGGAUUAGCGUCUCCUACCUGCGUGGCUUUCUUUUCCCUAACUUAUUACUUCACGCUAGCCGCAGAUGCCUGGUUCGCAAACGCUUGUGUAGCGUGGUACUUGACAGCCGCUAGUGAAUGGUCCACCGAAGCCCUGGAGCGCGCGGCGGCGUAUCUACAUGCCGUGGCUUGGGGAUGGGCGGGUGCAUGGACUGCAGCAGCUUUAGCACUUCGAAGGGUGACAGCCGAAGAACUGACUGGCACGUGUGGAGUAUCAGAUACGGCUGCUGCAGCACUCAUAGGGGUCCCGCGAGGCGCAUUGCUUAUCACUUCGAUAGCGCUUGCGAUCGGUGCUUGUCCAGGAAUAAUGAGAGUUCGCCGAGCACUAGACUCGAGAGGUGCAAGGCGAGUUGGAAGGUUGGCGGCUCGGGCCGCGGCCGGUGGACUGCUCUACUUACUACUAGCGGCGUUUGCGACUGGCACACGAGUAAUCGAAGCUAGAAAGAGGGAAGCUCAGACUAACCUAGCAUUGUUAGCCGCUCUGGAAGCCGGUAAUAUAGAAAACACAGUUGGCUCAAGUGGCGUGUCCAUUUGUUUGUGGCUGUCGUGUGGUAUCGCGGCGGGUGCUUGGGCCUGGUCGAGAAAAACUGCAGUCGUAUGGAAAAAGGCUCUUUGUCCCCCACGCAAGGCGCCAUGUUGCGCUCCUCCACUACUCAGACCUCAGCACCCUUAUUAUAAAAGACCUCUUCACGUAUCAAGAGUGUGAUGAAUAUUUGGAUAUUAUAAACUGUGUUUCUGAAGUGUUAUGUGUGUCUCAAAGACUCAAUAAUAGUUUUCAGCUAAGUGCCUAAGUAUAUGCCUUCUGUGAA